AAAUCCUUAAAAUAAUCAUCCAAUUAAAAAGAGUUUUUAUAAUUCUAUAACUUCAAAUCAAGCGAAUUUGUCAGCAGAUACAGACCAGGAACAGAAGGCACCAGCAAAAUGUAUGGAUUUGUUAAUUAUGCUUUGGAGCUAUUGGUGCUUAAACACUUUGGCGAAGAAAUAUGGGAGAAAAUAAAAAAAAAAGCAAUGGUCACAAUGGAAGGACAAUUUUUGGUGCGACAAAUUUAUGACGACGAAAUUACCUACAACCUGAUUGGAGCAGCUGUUGAAAUCCUAAAUAUACCAGCCGAUGACAUUCUGGAACUAUUUGGAAAGACAUUUUUUGAAUUCUGCCAAGAUUCAGGCUAUGAUAAAAUCCUGCAGGUGCUAGGAGCUACACCAAGAGAUUUUUUACAGAAUUUGGAUGCCCUGCAUGACCAUCUGGGCACCCUGUAUCCCGGCAUGAGAGCACCCUCGUUUCGUUGCACAGAAAAAGAUGGCCAAUUAUUGUUGCAUUAUUAUUCCGAGCGCCCAGGAUUGGAACACAUUGUCAUUGGCAUUGUUAAGGCCGUGGCCUCCAAGCUGCAUGGUGUCGAUGUAGAAAUAGAUAUAGUGAAACGAAAAGGGGACCCCGUGGAGGAGGAUGAAAAGGAUGAUGUCUUCUCACAACAAAUGCAACAGCAUCAACAGCAAUCAAAUGCUUCCGCUGCAUUCUCAAAUGAGGAGAACAACAAUCGCAACAGCACAAAUCUGAAUAACAACAACGAUGAUGCCACAGAUAAUUUCAUAAAUGGCAGAAGGACAGAACAAUGCCCUUUUACAAGAAACAAAUCAAAUUCCGCCUCAUCGAUGACAGGGACAAAUGCCGACAGCUUCGAUAGUGAUGACAAGGAACAGAAAUGCUUGCGUCUGCUUAAGAACAAAAGCGAUGACAUUGAACGUUAUGACCACGUACAAUUUCUUAUACGUGAAAUAUCGGCCAACAACAAAUCGGACAAUGAGACAUGCAGCACAAAGGAUGAGGCAGGCAAAGAGCCACCAGAUGACACAGAUUUUCUAUGUGAUGCUCCUUUAAUAUCACCCGCAACGUUCUGCAAAAUAUUUCCUUUUCAUCUGAUAUUCGAUCGUCAAAUGAAAAUCGUUCAGGCUGGCAAAUCCGUGUCAAGAGUCAUACCAAGAGUGGCCGAUGAGAAUUGUUCAAUACUGGAAGUACUCGAAGCUAUACGUCCUCAUUUACAGUUGACAUUCGAAAAUGUAUUGGCCCACAUUAAUACCAUCUAUGUGCUGCAGACACGUCAAGGUGCCAUGGGCAAGCAUGAACGUUAUCUGAGACUGAAGGGUCAAAUGAUGUACAUCCCGGAAUCAGAUCGUAUCUUAUUUCAAUGUUAUCCAAGUGUUAUGAAUUUAGACGAUUUAACAAAAAAAGGCCUGCACAUCUCUGAUGUACCACUUCAUGAUGCCACCCGAGAUUUGGUGUUGCUGUCUGAGAAAUUCGAAGCCGAAUACAAAUUAACCAAAAAUCUUGAAAUGCUAACGGACAAAUUGCAACAGACCUUUAGGGAUUUGGAAAGUGAAAAGCAGAAAACUGACAGACUUUUGUAUUCGGUUCUGCCAAAAUCUGUGGCUAAUGAACUAAGACAUCAAAGACCAGUGGCACCAAAACGUUAUGAUUCAGUUACCUUAAUGUUCUCCGGCAUUGUGGGCUUUGGCCAAUACUGUGCCGAAAAUACCGAUCCAGAGGGAGCCAUGAAAAUUGUAAAAAUGCUGAAUGAGCUCUAUACGGUCUUUGAUGCUUUGACUGACUCCAAACGUAACCCAAAUAUUUAUAAGGUGGAAACAGUUGGUGACAAAUACAUGGCCGUUUCCGGUUUACCCGAUCAUUGUGAGAAUCAUGCAAAAUGUAUUGCACGAUUAGCCUUGGACAUGAUGGACAUGGCCAAGAAUGUUAAAAUGGGACCCAAUCCAAUGCAAAUUACAAUCGGCAUCCACUCGGGUGAAGUUGUGACCGGAGUUAUAGGCAAUCGAGUACCACGCUAUUGCUUAUUUGGCAACACAGUUAAUCUGACAAGUCGCACUGAGACCACGGGUAUACCGGGACGCAUAAAUGUCAGUGAGGAAACUUAUAGGUAA